ACCUGAUAAAAUCAUCAAGCAAACCCACGACUCACUUCAGUCUCGUCGUGUCAUGAUGAUUAUUAGUAUCAUCGCGAUCCUGCUACUCACAAGAGGAGUUUUCUCCUCUUUGCCAGUCCAAGGAUCGAUAUCGAUGAUACGUAACAAUAAAAUGUUGAUUGAUCUACACGCGAACAAAUUGAGCGAUUUUAAUGAGUUGAUUGAAAAACUACAAAGAAUGGAGAAUCCGCAAGUCCGUAUCAUAAUUAAUUUGGAAAGGAAAAUUAUUGAGAUUAAUGGCAAAACUGAUUUUGAAGAGGAUUAUUUUAAGGUCAGAAAUAAUGUUGAAAGUAUAUUGCGGCGCAUUGCAUUGCUGAUGCAAGAAUAUGGCAACAGCUAUAAAAGAUUAACUCAUCAGAAUUCAAAUGCCUAUGAAAUUUUGCGGCAUGUUAUUGUACCCCAAGAUCAAGACUCUAUAAACCUUGACAAAAAUGAUUUUGCAUUGUCUUGGGUGAUCUCUAAUCUCGAAUUUGCAAUGGAAAUGAAGAGAUUAAUUUCAAAAAAUGAAUUGUCUCUUGAAUACACCAAGUCGAUUUUAUUGUGGUUGAUCAAAUUGUUUGAUUUAAAAUGGCAACAAUUAUAUGAUGAUCUCGAUUAUAUCUCAAAAUGGCGACUUUUGAAUUUAAAAAAACAAGCAGAAUUUUUUUUAGAAAAUUUUUUUAUAGAUAAUCAACAACAUGAGAAAUCGAACGAUGAUAAAUAUAUUUCAAAAGACGGAAACAACAAUGAAAGCACUGAAAACGUUGAAGAAAUAAUCUUAACUAAACAGAAUAAAAGCAAUCUUAUUGAAACUAAGACUAAAAUAAAUAUAAAUAAAUUUCCAAUGAAUACACCGAGUGACACAUCUAAAAUAGAAACACAAAUUAUGAAUCAUCAGGAAUUAACAAAACAUAUCGAAGAUAAUACCAAAAAUCUCACUAUUAUACCUAUCAAUCAGGAAUUUACAUUAAACACCCCUACUGAUGUUAAGGACACUUCUAUCAUUAAUGAUACAUUUUUUUCUAAGAUAAAAACAUUUCGAGAUGAAGAUCUCAUCAAAAACAAAACUUCCUCAAAAUUAAAAGAAUUCAUAGAUAUUCAUCAUGAUGAGCAUAUGAAAGAUCAUGAAAAACAAUUUAAUCAACUGAAAAAUAUUUCUUCAAUUUUGCCAAAUGAAAACAUUACAAGCACUUUGCAAGAGAUUGAUCAACGAAAACAUAUUGGAACAGACGUUACAUUGCAGGGAUCUUUAAAAAAUAUAACAGACAUCCGAAAAACUCCUUUUCGAAGAACACUUCAAGUUCUUGCUCCUUCGAAUAAAAACGAAAAACAGAAAAAUAGACACGUGUCAACGAAAAACAUCUCUGACAAACAUCAUUAUUUUAAUAAAAGGAAGGAGAUAAAAUCAGAUAAUGGCUCGGCGAUGGACGAGAUUCUAGAGGCAGUGGAUGAAGUCUUGCCAACGGAUAAGUCUAUAGAAAUGUCGCCAAAAGGAUCAAACACGUUUUCUCGGAUAUUCUAAUUUCAGUCAAGAGUUAUAAUUGUAUGCGAAGAGAAUUUGAGAUAUAUUUUUUAGGCAAUAUGUUAACACACAUGUACUAAGAUCAUUAAU